GCUUACACGAUACCAUCAACACAUUUUACACCGAUCUUAGUGUCAUUUGUGUCGUUAAAAAUAAAAAGAGUAUUAAAUUAAUUCCAUUCAACAAACUGUGAACAAAAACAAUUAGGUAGAAUUUGUUAUCUUUGUAUAAGUGAGAUAACUGACAACCAAUAUGAAAUCAACCAGUUUGUAUUCCGGCUCGGUUCGCGCUUAGCACGCACGCACAUAUCGCAAAAAUAAAUAAAAAAGAACAUAACGAUGUUCCCAUUGCGUCGCGUUGGCAGUAAGAUCCUGGAGCAAUGGCGCACGCCGGUCGCAGCUGUUGCGAAGCCGCAAAGGAAUUUCAGCUCAGAGGCGCCUUCGCGACCACUAUCAAUGUUGACAGAAGAUGAAUUAGCCAUGAAGGACACAAUUAGAAAAUUGGCGACAGAACAAAUAGCACCACUGGUCAAGAAAAUGGAAGACGAACACAAAAUUGACGAAAGUAUCCGGCAGAUGUUGUUUGAUAAUGGUUUAAUGGGCAUCGAAACCCCGACAGAAUACAGCGGUUCGGGUUGUGGAUUUCUUACCAUGAUGUUGGUGGUGGAGGAACUGUCCAGGGUCGACCCUGCAGUUGCAGCGUACGUGGAUAUUCACAAUACUCUGGUGAACUCGCUGUUUAUGAAGUUAGGAACCGAGGAGCAGAAAAAAAAGUAUUUGACUAAGUUAUGCACAGAAUACGCUGGUAGUUUCUGUUUAACUGAGCCCACAUCUGGUUCUGACGCGUUUUCCCUGAAAACCGUGGCAAAGAAAGAAGGAAAAAACUUUAUCAUCAACGGUUCCAAGAUGUGGAUAUCGAACUCCGAUGUCGCUGGAGUCUUCCUUGUUAUGGCUAAUGCUGACCCUUCAAAGGGUUACCGAGGCAUCACGUGUUUCAUAGUAGAACGGGACAACCCCGGUCUUAGUGUUGCCAAACCGGAAAACAAACUCGGAAUUCGCGCGUCCGGCACUUGUAUGGUGCACUUCGACAACGUUAGAGUACCGGAAGAGAAUAUUCUUGGAGAAUAUGGAAAAGGAUACAAGUAUGCAGCCGGUUUCUUAAACGAGGGCCGCAUCGGUAUCGCCGCGCAAAUGAUCGGUCUCUGUCAGGGAUGUAUGGACGCCACUAUCCCUUACACGUUAGAGAGGAAGCAGUUUGGCAACAAGAUUUAUUCUUAUCAGGGUAUCAGCUAUCAAAUAGCGCACCUUCAGACUCAAUUAGAGGCGGCGCGUCUGCUCGCUUAUAACGCAGCGCGUCUCAAAGAGAACGGGCAAGACUUCGUCAAGGAAGCCGCUAUGGCUAAAUAUUUCGCUUCAGAAAUCGCUCAAACUUUGACCUCAAAAUGUAUCGACUUUAUGGGUGGCGUUGGUUUCACCCGUGACUUCCCUCAAGAGAAAUUCUUCCGAGAUGCUAAAAUAGGAACUAUCUAUGAAGGAACCAGUAACAUGCAAUUGCAGACCAUAGCAAAAUACAUAGAAAAGGAAUACACACAGUAAAAUAAAAAAUUAAGAUCUGGCAACACUGAUGUUUAAGCAUUUAAGGUUCCUCGAAAAAUUUAACCAUGUAUAAUUUUUAAGGAACCCAGCUCCUAUUUACCAUGUACAACACAACUAUUUCCAUUUAUUUUUAAUGAAAAAUAUAUUCAUUUAUUGUUUUUUUUUUGUUAAAAAAGUCAUACUGGGUUUAUACCAAGAUUUAAGGGCGAACAUUGAUAUUUUCGAAGAUAUUUGAAUAGAAAAUAAAACAUUUAUAUAUUAUACAUAAUAUAAUAUUAUCUACAAUUUACAUAAGCUAAUUAUGAACUACAUACAAACAAAAAAAUGGUGACAACAUAUAUACAGAACAUAAUAUCUAAACUGUUAUAUUUUUGUAAUAAGAUUUAUUAAUAACAAGUUGAAUGUUGUUUAAUGACAUUUAUUUUGUAUAUAUAAAAGCUAAUAAAAAGUUUCCAAACUGAUUAAAUUGUUUUACUUUGGAUCAUGUGGUAGUUUAAAACCAACCAUUCUAGCUGUUUCUUCAACGCUCCUCUCUCCUUUUCCUUUGAAUUCAGAAUUUAUUUCCUUAUAUUUUCGAGUAAAGUGUAAGUAUUCAAAAUAUGUUUUAGCCUUGUAGUGCAUCUCAUCUGCCGCUUUGCAGAGCUGCUGAUCAGUGGUCUGAUGCUUUCUAUAUUGACUUAAAACAUAUCUAGCCAUUUGGUUUUCAGUUAGUUUUUUUGUGGAACCUUGCUUCCGUAAUUCAGACAGCACUUGUCUCAAUGUAACAAGAGCGGGCUUUGUUGUUAUCGAUGCCAUUGUCAGACCUUCAAACAAAUUCAGAUUGUCAACUUUUCUAUCAUUAAUGAAGUUAUAAAUUCUUCAGUAUUCUCGUAUUUUGGUUUUUCUUGUUUGUCCCAAAAACCUUUGGGUAAUAGUUUAAGUUUAUCACUAGGAAAGUGGUGUAAUGAUGAAUCAUUAAAUAUGUCGUUAUAUGUGAAAGUAUUUUCUAACAGUACUUCAUGAACAAAUGGAUAUAUUUUAUAAAUAAAUGGAACAGUUUCGUUAACAACUCGAUUUAUAUUAUUUUCUAUUAGAGAUGUAAAACUGUUACAUAGAAGAAUGCAAUUUUCUAAAUUCUCUGUCCAAUUGCUCCAAAGAAAGUUAUUUGUGAGUUGUUUUGGGCAAUGUGGUAGAUAAACUAAGGUGACCCCAUGCCUGUUUAUUAUGUAACUUCCUUCCGUGUUCUCUUCAAUAACAUUUAAUUCAAAUUUUUUGAGAAUUUCACAUUCAUCAAGGUAAAAUAUCGGAUCGUGUACGAAUAUUUUUUCAGGUUUAAAAGUGUUCUUUAAGCACAGCAAUAAUGCUAAUUGAUAUCGCGAAAUAUUACAUUCGCCUAUAUGACCGAGCCCAAAACAUACUAUUUCUACAAUUUUUUUAUGUUUUAAAGUAUUACUCACAGCUUUAGUCGCGUUUUUCCAAUAUUCCGAGACCUCUAGAUCUUUUACGCAGAUUUGAAUACGCCUAAAAAUAAAUAUGAAUUAAAAACAUUUGUAUAACCUCAAAUAUAUUGCCGUAAUUUGUAAAAUGAAUUUACCUAUAUGAUUUAUCGAUGUCUAUUUUAUUUUCUUGUUUUUCGAAAUAUAUAUUCUUACAAGGUACUUUUGUUGAUUUAUUUUUUAGACCUUUUUUAAUUUUAACAAUUUGAAAACCAUCACUGUCAAAUUUCG